ACACAGCUUCCCGCCAUUGCCCCGCCAGCCAGCCAGCCAGCCAGUGACUCCCUCGUCCAUGUAGCAAGAAGGUUGUUUGGCUGGACUGUUACACACGCCCACGCCCUGCAGACUGUAUCUUUUACGGGGGCGGCUCAGCAUGCCCACGCCUAGCAGCAGUGGCGCCACUUAGACCAGCCCAGAGUCCAGGCCGGUGCCCUGCCUGGCACCAGCCACUCCAGCGAGCUGCCCAGAGGGUUCCUGCAGGACCAGCCGUGGUGUGUACUGCAGUGGAGGCCGUGAGGCCGGCCAGCACCAUGAGUUACUACCUGCAGCAGCAGCAGCAGCAGCAGCAGCCAUUUCCCUUAAGUGCGGGGGGGAGGAGGGUUGUCACCGGGAAUGAACAGGAGGCAGGCAGCUCCGGCUACAGAGAAGAGAUCAUAUUUGAUUGUCACUUGUGUGAUAGAAGUUUUAGAAGCAAACCAAGUUAUAACUACCACAUCCGGACACACACCGGCGUCAAGAAUUACGUGUGUCUGGAAUGUGGAAAACAGUUUACCCAAAAGGGUAACCUCGUGACACACGCCCUGACACACAACCUUGUGAAGUAUUACGAAUGUCCAGAAUGUGCAGAAAAGUUCACCCAGAAGGAUGACCUGACCACACACAUCCUGACGCACAGCGAUGCAAACGACUGCAGCUACGAGUGCCUGGAGUGUGGAGAGAAGUUUAUCAACAAGGCUUACCUCACCCUGCACACCCUCACGCACAGCGGCGUCAGGAACUACGAGUGUCUGGAGUGCGGCGAGAAGUUCACCAACAGGAACCAGCUCACCUCGCACGUCAGGAAGCACAUCGGCGAGGGGGGCCUGUCCUGUAAAGAGUGCGGGAGGAGGUUUCUCCAGAAGUCUGUCCUGACGGCACACGUGGCGUCGCACCGGACCAUGCAGUACUACGAGUGUGAAGAGUGCGGGGAGAAGUGUGCCACCAAGCCAGACCUCGUCGCCCACAGGGUGAGCCACGCCAACGCCGACAAGAUACACGAGUGUCUGGAGUGCGGGAAGAAAUUUGCGAACAAGUCCCUGCUCACCCUGCACACCCUGAACCACCGCGGCGUGAGGAACUACGAGUGCCUGGAGUGCGGCGACAAGUUCCCCCACAAGUCCAGCCUCAUCACGCACGCCAGAGCGCACAUCGGCCUCAAGAGUUUCGAGUGCCCGCAGUGCGGAAAGGUGUUUCCCCAGAUGAGCAACCUCAGGCUGCACGAGCUGAGGCACUCCGGCGUCAAGAACUACGAGUGUCAGGUGUGCGGGAAGAGACUCGCCGUGAAGAGCAGCCUGGAUUCGCACAUGUUGGUGCACACCAUCCGCUACAAGAGGUUCAAGUGUCUGGAGUGCGGGAAGAAAUUUAAGCACAAGAGUGGCCUCAACAUACACAUGCAAACGCACCGCAACGACACCGAUCACAUGUGCGAACAGUGCGGCAAAUACUUCCCCACGGCCAGCACUCUCAAGACGCACAUCCUCCGACACAGCAGCCUGAGGGAGUUCAAGUGUGACGCGUGUGGCAAGGGCUUCAAGACCAAGAACGAGAUUGCCAAGCACGUCAUGAUCCACCUCUGAGGCGCCGUGCUGUGUGGACCGUUCGGGUCACGCUCGUGCCUGUGGGUGGCGGUUGGGGUCGCCGCCUGGCCCUUAAAAUACAGAAUAGAGAGUGAAAAGAAUGAAGAGCAAAGUGUUGCAUUCCAUCAUGACCAAAUGUUGAGUCAAA